GAAUGCACAAGAAGUCUCAAGAAAUAACCAAAAAGUGUCCGAGUCCUCGGGAGUCGGACUCGACUCGCUCCGACUCGUUCUGCGACUCCUCGGUGCGACGCAGCGUCGAGACUCGGGAGGCUCAUCACGAGACUCGGGAGGAGCAGGAGGAGCUGCUGGUGAUGGAGGAGGAGGAGGAGACGGAGGAGGAGGUGGCCAUCGACCUGUCCAGCUCCUCCAAACAGCAGCAGGAGGUCGGGAGCUCGAUAAGGCCCGCCUCCUCACUGCGGCGGCACAGCGGUAGCGAAUCAGACGAUCGCAGCUGAAGGUCGGAGACGAACACAGAGAUCUGAUUGGCUGUUCACUAAGAGAGGAGCCAAUGAGAGAACAGACAUUAAGGAGAAAUAAAAUAUAUAUCAUUGAAAUGCUACCCUGGGGUUAGCAUGCUAACAUAUUAGCCUUUAGCUAAUAUUUGAUGAUAACUAAUGUUACGCCGCCGUCACAUCGACUCAGCACCGGACUAACAGUGGAGGAUGUCAGUGUUUAUUAUUGUAUUGUACUGAGAGUAUGUUUUAUAUCCGUGUUGUUGAAAGAAUAAGAGGCUAUUUCAUGUUUUAUUCCUGUUGUGUUUAUAGUUUGACUGUCUGAAGCUCUGUGAAUGAAUGUCAUUUAAAUGUCCUAUUUUAAAAGGUUAUUAUUAUUAUUAUUAUUAUUAUUGUCACUAUCAUCAGUAACAUGUAUGUACAGCAGAUGAUUGAUGAAUA